AUGGGGCUUCUAUCAACUUUGGGAGUUGCUGCCCUGGCAGGUGCGGCUGUGGUUGAGGCUUCCACGAGAUACACCGCGUUUGAGACGUGCUUGCGACCACUUCUCUCGUCCAAGGCCACGAUCCUUGAUGCCGCGUCGACGGUCGUCGCCCCGCGUUGGACGGAGUAUGACGAGCCCGUGACGGACCACGUCGUCAACGUGGCGACAGAAGCGGACGUGCAAGCCACUGUCUUCUGCGCCAACACCCACGACAUCCCCUUCCUCGCCCAAGGCGGCGGCAACGCAUGGAGCACCACCUGGACCCUAACUAACACGACAGCCAGCACCACUCCUUCCAUCCUCAUCAACCUCCGCGCCCUGAACGCCAUCACCUUUUCCCCGAACCGCACGACCGUCACCGUGCAAGGCGGCGCGCUGAUCUCCGAGCUCCUGGGCGCCGCCUACGCACAUGACGCGCAGGUUGUGACCGCGAACUGCGACUGCGUCGGGGUGAUGGGCGCCCUGCUCGGGGGCGGGUACAGCCGCAUGAUGGGGGAACGGGGGUACAUGAUCGACAACGUGAUCUCACUGGACGUGGUGCUAGCAACAGGGGCGCGGAUCACCGUCACGCCUAGCUCGCACCCGGACCUGUGGUGGGCGCUGCGCGGCGCGGGCGCCAACUUCGGGGUGGUCACCUCGGCCAUCUUCCGGUCGUAUCCUACCGCGCGCGCGGAGAACCACGCCUGGCUGGGCAGCCUGGUCUUCAGCGCGGACAAGCUCGAAGCGUUGGUCGGUGCCAUCAACGCCCUCCCGCUGACCUCGCAGAUGGCCAUCUUCCUCUACUUCGCCACCACCGGUGCCCCGGACUACACGCCGGCCGUCAUCGCGUUCCCGUUCUACCUCGCCCGCGCGGAGGCCAACACCACCACUGCGGAAGCCCGCGCGGCGUUCGCCACAAUCCUCGCGCUAGGCCCGCUCUCCGACACGACCGCCUGGACGCCCUACGACCAGGUCAACGCGGGCAGCGCCUCGUUCUGCGCCGCCGGCGGCCGCAAGGUCAGUCUGGGGUCCGCGCAGAAGACCCUCGACCCGGCCGCGUGGCGCGAGAUUUGGACCUCGUUCACGCGGUGGGUGGACACCGCCGGCGGCGAGCAGGUGGGGAACUCGACCGUCCUGAUGGAGGCGUACAGUCUGGACCGCGCGAGUGCGGUCGCCGCGGACAGCUCGGCCUACGCGUGGCGCGCGUCCAGUCGGUUCAAUACCGUCGCCAUCGCGUGGUAUCAGGAUCCCGCGCUGGAUGCGGCGGCGAGGCAGUGGGCGGGAGAUGUGCGUGCGGCGUGGCGGGAGACGAGUGGGCUGAGUGGGAAUGCUACGUAUAUCAAUUUCGCGUUCGGGGAUGAGAGCCUCGAGGAUAUCUAUGGGGAUAAUGUCGAAAGGUUGCGGUCGUUGAAGAGGGUAUAUGAUCCCAAGAAUCGGUUUAAUCAGUUCUUUCCGUUAGUCUAA